UCUCAGCGUCGGGGAGGUUUCACUUUUGGGUCCGGGAACCUUCAGGCUGUGUGCGCGCUGGGCAACUCCAGGACAGAGGCUUCCGAUCCUGGCCCGCGGGGCAACCUGGCUUUGGCUUCGUGGGCACAGGCACACGACGGUCACAGUCACUGCCCUGAGGGUGGAAGGCUGGACCAGCUGCCCUCCUCAGGAGUAUGGCAUCGGCCUUUGAGAAGGUGGUCAGGAGCGUGGUCCGGGAGCUGGACCACAAGGAGCUAACCCCUGUGGACAGCCUGCGGAGCUCCGCCAGCUUCCAGCCCUACAGCCUUUUGAGCAGGAAGCCCUUGAGCUCACGGUUCUGGAGACCACGCUACAUGUGUGUCAACUUGUCCAUCAGGGACAUCCUGGAGCCCGACAUGCCGGAGCCAGCCCUGGAGUGCGGUGGCACCUUCCAGUUCCAAGACACGAUGGACGGGCAGCUGCAGGGCAGCGUGAAGCUGGCAGCCCCAGGACAGGGCAGGCUCUCAGGCGGGGCCGCGGUGUCCGGCAGCUCCAGCGCCUCGAUGGACCUGUGCACUCUGAGAGUGGCCCCCAACACCUGGGAAGCCAUGCACCAUGAGAGGCGCCUGCGGCAGCCUGAGCCCAAAACCCUGCAGCAGCUGCGGAGUCGGGGGGAUGACGUGUUCGUAGUGACCGAAGUGCUGCAGACACAGAAGGAGGUGGAGGUCACCCGGACGCACAAGCAGGAGGGCUCAGGCCAGUUUGCACUUCCAGGAGCCCUCUGCUUGCAGGGCAAAGGCGAGGGCCACCUGAGCCGGAAGAAGAUGGUCACCAUCCCCUCGGGCAGCACCCUCGCAUUUCGGGCGGCCCAACUGGUUAUUGGCUCUGACUGGGACAUCCUCCUCUUCCCAGACAAGAAGCAAAGGACCUUCCCGUUGCUGCAGGCAGGCUGCAGGCCCUCCAGCAGUGCAGACGGCCAUCCAUGUUCGUGCUUCAGCUUUGCCUCCAUAAGGGCCCUCUCUGACUACUUCCAGUUCCAGUCGGAUGGGUCCAUGGAGCACUGGCUGGCAACCACUGAUGACUUCCAGGGCCUGCGGGCAGAGGUGGAGGCCUGGGCCAUGGGCCUGGAGGGCUUGUCCAAGGGGCCAUGUGGGCAGCUGCUGGGUGGCCUGGGGCAGGUGCUAUGGGACGAGCCGGCUCUGCAAGCCCUGGAGGAGUCGGGCCUGCCCGCCCUGCUCACCCCCACUCCCCCAGGCGCCCCCACCUGGAGCAGGUGCCUGCCCGCCCUGAUCACCCCCACUCCCCCUGAGUGCCCCCAGCUGGAGCAGGGCCUGUGCGGCGGGCAAGUAGAGCCACAGGACGGCCCGGUGGGCACCAUCCUCGAGUCCCUGGUGCUGCCCUCUGGACGGCUGGAAGCAGAGCUCGCAGGCCCCGUCUUCUACCUGCUGCAAGCGCUAGCAGCGCUGAGUGAAGCCCAGCACGUGCUGCUGGCUAAGGUGCUGGAGACGGGGGCCCUGUUGGGGACCUUUCAGCUGGUGGAGAGCCUUGUGGAGCAGAGCAGCCCGUGGCAGGAGCGCCAGGCUGUGUCCCUGCCGCCCGAGUGCCUGGGCGACAGCUGGGGCUCAGAGGCGCCCGCCUGGGCCCUGCUGGAGGCGUGCGGCCUGGAACCCCAGGUAAGAGUCUGUGGAGAGGAGAGGAGACCUCCUGGCCUGAGCCGUGGUCCCUGGGCCUCGCUGGGCACAGAGAGGUGGUGACUGAUUCAGCCAGGCAGUUACCCUCACCCUGGAGUUGUCACAGCCAGGAGAAACUUGUGGGAGCCGGUCGGCGGUCCUCCUCUUGGUGGAAUGUGAGGGAAGCCAUGUUCCCUUCCUGUCCGACUCGCCGCUGCCCUGCAGCCCCAGGACUGGCUAAACAGAAGGGACAAGAAUCCCUGGUGGUCCAGUGUUUAAGGACUCAGCACUUCCACUGCUGGGGCCUGGGAUCGAUUCCUGGUUGGGGAACGAAGAUCCCACAAGCAAUGUGGCCAAAAAAAAUAAAAAUAAAGAGAAGAGGUGGUCGGCCCAGCUGUGGUUGGGACAUUAACCUCUGAGAAAACUCA